GUUACCAUGUUCUGUAGUUGUCGGCUCUCUGGUCUCGUGCGGCGCUCGUGCCUCUGUAGUUGGAAUAAACGCUCGCGCUCGUCUUCUACAUCAGAUCAUUGCAGCAGGAAGGACUUAUAGACUAAAAGUGCACACAGUCCUUCAAGAAACGGAGCUCCCUCCAUUUAACAGUUGCACAGCUGUCAAAGAGAAUGGAGCUCAGCUCCACCAACAGGAGGAGAACUUCUUCAUCCACUGUGCGCGUCUCCUCGUUCCUGUAGCUGCAGCCGGGUCCUCGUUCACAGCAUCACUCAUGGCCGGGGUUCAGCAGCUGCCCGUUUAUCACAAACGCUUCCUGAGACUCUGAGCAAGGAGCCUCAUCUCCUGUCGGUCUGCAGCGAUGGGGAAGGAGCAGGACCUGCUCGUGGCAGUGAAGAACGGAGAUCUUCUUCUGGCUCACAAGCUGCUCUCCAAAGUCAAGUGCAACAAAACCAAGUUGCUUGGCUCUACUAAAAAGCUGAACGUCAACUAUCAAGACGCAGACGGCUUCUCGGCGCUGCACCACGCCGCUCUGACGGGCACAACAGAACUGCUGUCUCUGCUGCUGGAGGCCCAGGCCACUGUGGAUAUCAAGGAUGUCAACGGCAUGCGUCCGCUCCACUACGCAGCAUGGCAGGGUAAAAGUGACUCCGUUCUGCUUUUACUGAGAGCUGGUGCUUCAGUCAACUCACUUUCCUGUGAUGGGCAGAUACCCUUACACCUGUCUGCGCAGUAUGGACACUAUGAGGUGUCUGAGAUGCUCUUGCAGCACCAGUCUAACCCCUGCCUCAUGAACAAGGCCAAGAAGACUCCUCUAGACCUGGCCUGUGAGUUCGGCAGACUUAAGGUUGCUCAGUUGCUGCUCAGCAGUAACAUGGUGACCACUCUGUUAGAGGGAGACAGAGGGGUUGAUAACACAGACUGGCCCUCCACCACCCCGCUCCACCUGGCAGCCAGGAACGGACACAAAGACAUCAUCAAGUUGCUGCUCAAAGCCGGCAUCGACAUCAACAGAGCCACCAAAGCAGGGACUUCUCUGCACGAGGCCGCCCUCUACGGCAAGACGGAAGUAGUGCGGCUGCUGCUUGAUGCGGGCAUCAACGUGAACGUGCGCAACACAUACAACCAGACAGCUCUGGAUAUUGUCAACCAGUUCACCACCUCCACAGCCAGCAGGGAGAUCAAGCAGCUGCUGAGAGAAGCCUCGAGUUCCCUACAAGUCAGAGCAGUGAAGGACUACUGGAACCUCCAUGACCCCACUGCUCUCAACCUGCGCGCUGGAGACCUUGUUAUGGUUCUGGAGCAGCACUCAGACGGUCGAUGGAAAGGCCACGUCCAUGACACCCAGAGGGGGACGGACCGGGUGGGCUUCUUCCCUCCCUCAGUGGUGGAGGUUCUUAGCAGAAGAGCAGGGGGCGCUCUCUAUCGCCAAGCUUCACUGCCUUUCCAGAGGCAUCACUUUCCUGCCAGAGCUCCUCCCUCUGGCCCCGCCCCUCAGAUUGAGGACUUGCACAUCCUUGGUUAUGACCCCACAGGCGACAGAAACAGUGUCGGCAGCACCGGCAGUGUGGGCAGCAGCCGCAGCGCUGGCAGUGGACAGAGCUCAGAGAGCGGCCACAAGCAAAACGGGACCCACAAUCGCCCACACGUCGACUCUGGCAAGUUGUCGCCCUCUGCUGGAGAAAAAGGAGAGCGCAUCCACAUCACUGUGGCAGAUCAGAGCAAACAUGCAGACGGAUCCACAGGUGGUUCCCACCGCCCGGUCAACAGCUCUGCUCAUAAAGGCUUUAUCCGACCGGAGCAGCUGUUUGAGGGCAAGGACUCUGAGGCCAUCUACCAGUGGUUGGCUGAGUUCCAGCUGGAGCAGUACACCUCCAACUUCCUCAAAGCCGGGUACGAUGUACCCACCAUCAGCAGGAUGACCCCUGAGGAUCUCACAGCCAUCGGUGUGACCAAACCAGGCCACAGGAAGAAGAUCUCCAUGGAGAUCAGCAAGCUGAGCAUUCCUGAGUGGCUCCCAGAUUACAUUCCUUCGGACUUGGGGGAGUGGCUUAGCGUGAUUGGACUACCUCAGUACCAAAAAAGAUUGUGUGAAAACGGCUACGACUCCAUCGCUAUAGUCAAGGACAUCACCUGGGAGGACCUGCAGGAGAUAGGAAUCACUAAACUGGGCCAUCAGAAGAAGCUGAUGUUAGCGGUGAAGCGGCUGAGCGAUCUGCAGCGUUCCCGUAACAUCACCGACAUCGCUGCAGGCAGAGGCGGCCGGCGAAAACCCCCCGCCCCUCUGGAGCUGGUGGCCAUUGAACACAACCCGGCAAACCCCCACAAUCCUCACCUGCACGCGGAUGCUCCAGUUAACAACUGCUGCUCCUCCCCCCGCACACCCAGAACCCUCCUGUCCUUCCAGGACAGCGAGCUGAGCGCCGAGCUGCAGAGCGCCAUGGUGGGCAGGAUGGGGGGUGUGGCCUCGGAGGCGUUUGGCAUCAGGGGAGUGCCCCCCUCUGCGAUUCUGGCGGCCAUGUCUGUGAGUCAGGAGAGCAUUAGCAAGCGCUCGCGGGGCUCUGGGAAUUCUGGAAACUCCGGACAUUGUCAAGAUCAUUCGGGGGGUUUAUCCCGGCGGUGUGAGGAGGGGGGCAGGUGUGAGGGAGAAGAGGCCAGGCGGGGUAAAGGAAGUCCAGGAGGGAGGCAUCGGCUUCUGCCCACUGAAAUGCUCGAGCACCAAAGUUGGUCGGCAGUCCCGAACAAACUGCCUUUCUCCUCGGCGACACCUCCACUCACCCCGAGCAAGAUGCCCCGCUUUGCCUACCCGGCUGUUCCCGCCAAAACCAAGCAGCUCCAGUCCCCAAACCGCCUGUAUCAACCGCAGAGCCAGGCCCCCGCCUCCCCAUCGUCUCCAUCCCCUCAGCGCUCUCCUGCAAAGAAGAGCCCAGCCCUCCAGCAGCUUCAGACAGGAGGAGACGACCAGAAAACGUUUUUCACGCCCCCGCCGGGAGCAGGUUCUGCACCCCCGGCUCAGCCCCCAACAGACCUGGACUCCCAGAAGAAGCGCACCCAGAGCCUGACCCGCUACGCGCUGUCCGAUGGAGAGCCCGACGAAGACGAGGACCGCGCUCUCUCCUCUGCCUCCCCCAGCGCCAUGCCGUCCUACGCCACCCUGUCCCGCAGGACGCCACGCGCCCCCGCAGCCCAGCGCCACAUCAACCGCAGCCACUCCUUUGCUGUGCGCUCUCGACACAAAGGUCCGCCGCCACCCCCGCCCAAAAGGAUGAGCUCGGUCAGCAGCAGCCCCUCACGUCAACCGAGAAACCCCAACGGGGGGGAGGUGGAGAUGGAGAGUGCGGGGAGCGUGAGGAGCAUUGCUGCCAAGCUAGAGGGCGGCAGCGGCAGCAGCCCCUCCAGGAGGAUCGAUAUUCCACCCCCCCACAUGCCUGGUUCCCCUGUUUUCAGCCCAGUUUCAUCUCACGGAUUUACCCCCAAUGGCGUCCUGCACCUCCAGCCCCCCCCUGCUUUGAGUUUGAGGAGAAUGGAUGGAGACGCCGACAGACAGGAAGUGACGUCUGAGGAGAAACAGGUCAGGAGAAACCAGAAGACGUCCAGGACUCCUUCUGCUGCGUCCGGAGAGCAUCUACCGUUCGCCGAGGAGGGCAACCUCACCAUCAAGCAGCGCCCCAGAAUGGUGUCCACCCCCCAGGCAGACCCCAACACCAGGAGCCCGUCAGAGCAGGCGCCAGACAGCCUGGAGCUUCCGGAGUUCAACCUGAAGGAGUCCGACACGGUCAAGAGGCGGCACAAACCCAAAGAUGCCUCCACGCCCCCCGAGACCUGCAGCAGGGACGACAGCCGCCCCCACAUGCACAACGGCGAGGAUCACGGGCCGGAAAAAGUUUUCCAGAGGUUCGGUUCUAUAGGGAAAGGUCCAAAGCCUCCUGUGUCCUCAAAGCCCUCCAACGCAGGACCAACCAGCCCCCAAAGUUCUGCCCCCUAUGGGCGAGCGGGGCAGCAGAUGACCAUUCCAAAACUCACCAGUGCACAGAUUCACGCGGUGUCUUCACAUCAUGGGGGGAGUAUUCACCUCCCCAGCCCUAAACCCGUCAGGCACCCGCCAGUGGUCAUGCCCAAACCGGAGAGCCCACAGAAGGCGUCGAGGCCGCCUCAGCCCGGGACGCCGACGACGCCACGAACAGGACCAAAGCUCAGCCCAGUUCAGACCCUGUCUUUUGCAGCUCCGCCCACGCUGCCGCCAGCGCCGUCCGCUCAGGCUGGGAAAGAAGCAGCAGCUCUGAACGGAGUGGCGGGUCUGGAGGUUCUGGCUCAGAGGAGGCUGGAGCAGACCAGCACCUCACUGGAGGCUGCUCUCAAAGUGGUGGAGAACAAGCUGGCCCAGGGGGGGUGUUCAGAUGGCCCCAGCUCAGUCAAGGCUGCCGGGAACAUUCUGGACGACAUCGGGAGCAUGUUUGAUGACCUGGCCGACCAGCUGGACGCCAUGCUGGAGUGACAGAAGUCUGGUUCUUAUGAACUCUUCCAGAACUUCAGACGUUGGACGAAGUCCUGCUGCGCUAAAGGGAACAUUUCUGUUACAUGUGUGUGUUUGUGUAGAGCUAUGAACACAAUCUAUUGACUGACAGGUAUAUUUAUACUUUUUAUCUUUGUUUUUUUAACAGAGCUGAGUGAGGAAGUGUACAGAAGCAUGUUUGUGUUCAUCUAUUUUUGUUAUUAGCAGCAUAAAUGAAUUUGUAUGUAUUAGAGUCUGAUUCCACAUCACCACCUCCUGGUAUAGAUAUACCUGUAGUGUCUGUUAGAACAUUUUUAAACUACUGAACUCACUGUAGACUAUUUAUUUUUACCUAAAACAAAUUUUUAAAGAAAAAUAUUUUAUGAAACCCAAAGAAUUUUUUCACUGUUUUCCGUCUAAAAUUUAAGAUUUUAAUCUAAACAAAUUAUUGACAUAAAACCAAAUCUCAGGUGACUUAAAGGGAAAGAAGAGUGAAGAUACUGAGAUCUACUUCAUCUGUGUGUCCUUCUGUCAGCUUUGCUUUUGUUCUUUUGCUCCUGUUGCACUUUUGAUCUCCAAACGUCGCCUCUCUCAUGGAAACCACACAAAAAGAUCCUCUAAGAACGGAGACUUUUCAGAUGUGUUUAAGGAAAACACGAGUUUGCACUGUAGCUUUGUGUCCUGAUUUCAUGUUUGUCAUGUUUAAUUUAUGUUACGACUUGUAUGUCUUUCCAAAGCAUCAUUAAAAGUAACAUUUGUACUGCA